CCCCAAAACGAACCCAUUUCCUCGCCGCGUCCCCGUCUCCACCCCCAACUCCGGCGACCGCCGCCGCCGCCAUGGCCGCCGGCCGGAGCCCCGCCGCGGCCGCCCACCUGCUCCUGCUCCUCCUCUCCUCGGCCCUACCCCCCCUCGCGGCCGCCUACCGCCCCGGCGACAUCGUCCCCAUGCUCCGCUCCGGCCAGUACCACGCCUCGAGGUCGGUGUGGUUCGACGUCGUGGGCCGCCACUGCCCGUCCUUCGCGGUCAACCAUGAGGUUAUGAUGCCGAUCCCGAAGCCGACGGGGUUCACCGGCGCCGAUCCAUACAAGAUAACAUUUCAAAUUGGACAUGAAAAGUUCCAUAUUCCUUGGCUUUAUGUCAUAAAUCGCAAAAGCUCUGAAGUUCCAAUGAUUGAUUUCCAUUUGAAAUACUCUGGAAAUGAUUUACUUGGUGUCACGGCUAAAGUGCUGGACUUGCCUCACCAUUAUGUUGAACUUCAUCCUGACAUAAGGAAGAAUUUCUGGGAUACACAGAACUGGCCAAAAUAUGUUCUUGUUAGAUAUACAUGGGAGGAGCAAUCAGAGAUAGAUGUUGCUGGAGGUUUCUAUGUGUUGUUUGGAUCUGGGCUUGUUCUAUCCUUCAUCCUUGCAAUCUACGUCUUGCAAUCAUCCCAGGAAAAGUUGACAAGAUUUGUGCGAGAAGCAGUUAAUGACAGUAGUCUACCAGAAGGAGGGGUUGCAAAGGUUGAGUGAUCUUUCCCCGAGGAGCUCGAAAAAUAUCCACUCGUCUGUCUAUGAUCAAAAUACUUGCAGAAGAUACCCAACAAAUGGACAGUAAAAUUUGAUGGGCUUGAACCUUUCAACCUCAAACAAGAGCCAGUGGUUUUUUUCUUGUUUACACUCAUUGGAAACAAUUUAGUAAUUAUGACAUGAAAAGAAGAAAGAGAGGUGGGGUGGGCAUUCUAAUGUUUUCCCUUUGGCAGAAUGGCACUUCUAGCAGCAAACUAGUGGCACUAACUGAUCUCAGUUGAUGUAUUCCGUGAUGAUUUCGUCUGAUAUGCAUUUUUGUUUUUGAUGCGUCUUGUA